AUGCGGCCCUUUCUUCCGGCAAUUUUAUGUCUCGUGCUUUGGUCACUUGAGGUCCAUUCACGGGCAGUCUUUGCCCAUUUUAUGGUCUCCAAUACCCUCGGCUAUACGGUCGAUGAUUGGCAAAAUGAGAUGCUCCUUGCUUUGGACGCAAACAUCGACGCAUUUGCGAUGAACAUCGCUGUAGGAGAUGCUACCAAUACACAAUCUUUGGAGAACGCUUUCUCAGCUGCUGUGAACACUGGAUUCUCCCUUUUCUUUUCCUUUGAUUAUGCAGGGAAUGGGGCAUGGGCCAAAGACGACGUCCUGGACAUGCUAGAGACUUACGUAUCGGCGAAAGCAUAUUGGCGAUAUGACUCGAAGCCCUUUGUCUCUACAUUUGAAGGUCCUGAUAAUGCAGACGACUGGGUCGAUAUCAAAGAAAAGACCGGGUGCUAUUUCAUUCCUGACUGGUCCUCUGUAGGGGCUGAAGUCGCCGUGAGCCUUGGAGAUGGGGUGGCCGAUGGCUUGUUCAGCUGGGCGGCAUGGCCGUACGGCCCAAGUGAUAUGAAUACCUAUGUGGACGCCUCUUAUAUCGACUUUCUGGAUGGUAAACCAUACAUGAUGCCGGUCUCGCCCUGGUUCUUUACCAACAUGCCUGGAUACAGCAAGAACUGGUUGUGGCGGGGUGAUGAUAUCUGGUAUGACCGCUGGGUCCAGGCUAUGUUUCUGGCCCCCGAGUUCAUCGAAAUCAUCUCCUGGAACGAUUUCGGUGAAUCACACUACAUCGGCCCCACUCUGGACGCUGACUCCUCGCUUGCUGAGUCGACUUAUACAGCUUUCGGAACAGGCCAGGCCCCGUAUAACUAUGCAUUGAACAUGCCACACGACGGUUGGCGAGCGUUCCUUCCCUGGCUCGCUGAUACUUAUAAGAACAACAUCUCGACAAUCACGCAGGAAGGUGUUCAGGCAUGGUACCGAUUGAAUGUCCGGGGAAGCUGCACAUCAGAUGGCGGGACGACUGGUAAUACUGUGAGCCAACUGCAACUAGAAUACUGGCCAUACGAGAUCCCACAAGAUCGGAUAUUCUUCUCUGCUCUGUUAGUCUCUUCAGCAGAUAUCUCAGUGACAGUCGGGGGUAUAGACCUAGGUGCGUCGUGGAAUAGUACCCCCAGUGGAGGGACGGGCAUCUACCACGGCAGCGUGGAAUUUUCGGUGCAGGCAGGAAGCGUCGAGGUGGCUAUCACUCGAGGCGGCGAUACAAUUGCAAGCUUCACUGGCGAGGACAUUGUCACAGGUUGUGCUGCAUCAAGUGAAAUUGAGAAUUGGAACGCUUGGGUAGGCAGCGCCAUGUCGGCCACCACGAUUUCAGCCACCCCGACCUAUUCUCUCGCAGACGAGGUGUGCAUCCGCGGCUGGGGGGUAGGCAACUUCAACGGCCUUUGCUCCUUUGCUUGUGAGCUAGGAUACUGCCCUGUUGGGGCCUGUCUGUGUCAGGAAAUGGGCCCUCAGGCGAAAUUGCCUAAGAGUCUGGGAGUGAUUGGCUACCCUGCCGCCGGAAUGACGGAGGACUACUCGGGUCUCUGUGCCUUCUCUUGCAACUACGGGUACUGCCCUUCGUCUGCCUGCACCACUACCGAAGUGGCUCUUGCUACGUCUACUGUGUCACCUUUCACGCCCAACACUUGUACUUCUGGAGAAGGAACCGGUGACUUGACAGACGUGCCGCCUACUGCAAACACUAGCAUAUAUGGUUACACCAUGGAUGCCUAUACUGACAGUGGCCUAUGUGACUUUGCCUGCGAGCGAGGCUACUGUCCAUCGCCCGUAUGUUCGGAAAGCGUUGCUGGUAACGGCACGGAUCUAGUGUGCACAAAUGAUGAUCCUGACUCGGAUUGUGCCGAUGACGUCGAAAUGUGCGACUACACCCUCACUUUCGACAGCUUUGCGAGCCUGAAGUCUUCUCUAAGCUCCAUAGAAGACUAUUGUGUCAAUUAUUAUGCUCUUGGUGUCCUUUCCGACAUGCUCAACAAUACGAUGACCAAUUACACGGACAUCAUCUCAAACUAUGGCGGCAAAUUCACUGAGUACCAGGAGUACAUCCGCGAGGAGGUUCCUGGAGAGUUGGAGGAUUACAUGAAUCCUGGGGGUGUUGGAAAUGCCUUCUUCACGUGCACCUUUGCCCAAGAUGGCGUGAACGCUUCUACAACCACAUGCCCGUUUGACGUGGAGCAGCUUUACAACGACUAUGAAAUUUACUACGACCUCAUCAACGCUACUGCCUUCUGGGCCAACCUCACAGCCACCACCGGAAUCCAAAAGGACUGGGUACAAUUCGGGGACAAAGAUGUCGGAUCAAGUUGCGGCGUAGGAUCUGGCAAGACAUGCCAGCCUGACAAGGGUGUGCUGAAGGGUUACCCUCUACCGGCUGAUAACAUCACCGUGACCAACCCACAGACGAUCAUCGAGGAUGCACUUCCAGGAAUCUAUAAUUUGACCGAGACAAUAUACCUGACCCAGAUACUGUCGGCCACUGGUGCAUAUGGAGGAAGCAUGAACGAUGUGCUUCUCACCAUCUCGACCGUCGUCUUCACACUGGCUCAAGCGGUCGCAAACAUGGGCCAGGUGGUUGAAGUCGCGGAUAAGGCCUCGGAAGAGAAAAAGAAGGCGAUGAUUGAGGAGAUUAUCUUUGGCGUCCUGAUGGUUGUCCCUUUCCUUGGCGAAAUCAGGCUGAUUUCGGACGGUUUGGAACAAUUGGCCGAUAUGAUGUCGCUCAUCGGAGAUGCAGGCGCAUUGGGCAGUACGAUCUAUGGCGUUGCCACCGACCCAGAUUCAGCAAUCUUGGAUAUAUUCGAAAUUGCCCUGAUGGGCGGUUAUCGGACCCCGGAAGAGUUUGAAGAAGCUGCCAAUGCCCGUCGCGCGCUGACUGAUGAUGAAAUAAGUAGCCUGGGCUCGGACUGGAAAUCGUGUAGCGAUGACCUCUCUGAUGUGAGGUCGGUGUGUUACUGAAAUACCUGAUGCAAGAUAGCCUUGCACACUCUUGGUUUCCC